AUGGGGGACUGGAAUUUGUUGGGCAGCAUCCUUGAAGAAGUGCACAUCCACUCCACCAUAGUUGGCAAAAUCUGGCUCACAAUCCUGUUCAUAUUCCGGAUGCUGGUGCUGGGAGUGGCUGCUGAAGAUGUCUGGGAUGAUGAGCAGUCCGAGUUCAUCUGCAACACAGAGCAGCCUGGCUGCAACAACAUCUGUUACGACAAAGCCUUCCCCAUCUCUUUGAUCAGAUACUGGGUUCUGCAGAUCAUAUUUGUCUCCUCCCCAUCCCUAGUGUACAUGGGCCAUGCGCUCUACAGGCUGAGGGCGCUGGAGAAGGAGCGACAGAACAGGAAAGCCCAGCUGCGGGCUCAGCUCGAGGACCUGGAGCCCAUGCUCGAGGAGCACAGGAGGGUGGAGAGGGAACUGCGUAAGCUGGAGGAGCAGAAGAAAGUGCACAAGGCACCCCUGAGAGGGUCCCUGCUGCGCACCUAUGUCUUGCAUAUCCUGACCCGCUCCGUGGUCGAAGUGGGCUUUAUGAUAGGUCAGUAUCUUUUAUACGGGUUUCACAUGUCUCCCCUUUACAAAUGCACUCGGCCCCCUUGCCCUAACACGGUGGAUUGUUUUGUGUCCCGACCCACAGAGAAGACCAUCUUUAUGGUUUUCAUGAACAGCAUCGCCGCAGUCUCCCUCCUCCUCAACAUCCUGGAAAUCGCCCACCUGGGCAUCAAGAAGAUCCAGAAGAGCCUGUGCGGGCAGCCGCAGUGGCCGGCGGGCCCCUGCGAGGAGGAGCCCAGCCUGUACAACUCCAAGAAGAGCUCGGUGGUGCCGCCGCCGCCCCGCCUGGCCAGCAACGCCGAGGAGGCUCCGCGGGUCGCCCCGGCGGGCGGCGGGGAGGGCGCGGCGGGGGCGGCCGCCUCACGCUGGGCGCCCCGCAGGCACAGCCGCGCCAGCGCCUGCCGGGAUCUGGACGAGGAGCGCGGCGACUCCCCGGACAGCGGGCACUGCCCGGGCACCCGCAAGUCCAGCUUCCUCUCCCGCGUCCUCACCGGGAGCCGGGCGGGCAGCGACAGCGAGAGCACCGCGUCCCGCGGCGGCUCCGGGCCCGGCCUCGGCUCCGGCUCCGGCUCCGGCUCGGAGGGGAAGCGCCGUGAGGAGGGCGCGCCCAGCCCGCCGCCCGCCGCCUCGGGACGCCGCGUGUCCAUGGCAAGUAGCGCCCGGGACAGCCCUUGGGAGGGGGGCGGCGGGGGGCCCCGGCAGCCGGUGCCGGCCCUGGGGAGGAGGGGGCGAGCCAGGGCGCUGAGCGGCCCGGGCAGCGCUGCCAGCGCCGCCCCAGAGCCCCGCGGCCUCCCGGACAGCGCCAAGCUCCCGAACGCCCGGCCUCCUCCUGCCGUGAGAGCAGCAGCGCCAGGGAAUUACUGA